AUCUUAUAUAUUUGUAUUCUAAGAAAUAGUUUUCAUAGAGGGCCAUGGAGGAUAAACCAACGAGUGAUAUCGAUUUGGACAAGAUCCUUUCUACACUUCAAGACCUACCAUAUUCCGUUCAAGUGAUACUGAAGGGAGUGGAGGAUAAUCAACUGGACAGAGCUAAACGAGAGGUGUCAGAGAAACUGCAAAUUAUCUUGAACAGUGUUAACUCUGCACUAUGUAGUAUGCGUGUGGCCUCGGCUUUGAAGCAGGAUGAUGAACUGGUCGUCCUACCAAAGCAUCUUGAGAUGAUACGGCGUAGCCAGCAGCGUGCUGCUCUCCAGUCAUUGCUGCAGUCCAACCUGGAAAAGGAAGAGGACCUCAGCAAUGUGCUCCAGUGGCUCCAAGACAAGAGCAAGGAGUUGUUGGAGUUAGAGAUGGAUCAGGAUGGCAUAACAGAAGAGUGGGUUGAGGAGAUGCAACAGAAGAUCCAGAGGUUCAUGUCAGACAUCCAAGCUAGUGUUCUCCGUCUUCAAGAGCUCACUGGAUUUCUCUUUGACCUCAAAAACAAAAAAACGAAGAAGAGGAUAAAACCUCUAAAAAAAGGAGGUGUUUAUUGGUGUUGGUGGCAGGAGCCAAAUGUUGACGCUGAAACCGCCCUAAAGAUCAAGGAGCUUCAGCCACCUACAGCAGACCGUAUUCUGAUGGACCCAAACCUUGCUACCAAGUCUUCCUCUGACCUCUCCUUCAUGGUGGGCAACAUGGCCAUGUCUUGUAAGUGGCCCAUGAGCAUUGCUUUUACAUUUGUACAGAAUGGGCUCAACAACCUGAACAAGGCUUUUCAGGAGCAAACACGCAAUGGCAAAAAACUCCAGGCUAAGCUAGAUGAGGUGACGACUGUAGAUUGCCAUGCCAAAGAAGAGCUGGAAGAGGGCAAGAGGAGGAUCGACCAGCUGGAGGGGGAGAAGUGUAAGCUUCAGGAAGAGAUUGCAGCAUUCAAGUUCCAGAUCCGUAAGCUGCAAAACACAGUCAGGACAGGACAACAAGGUUUGUGUCAGUUUGUGUCGGAAACGAUCCCCAGGUCCAUUAAGGAGGACAAUAUCGAAAAGGAAUUGUCUGAAGAGGUAAUACCUCUUUUUGAUGCCCUUACAUCUCUAGAGGUCAACACCAACUCAUGUGACGACAACAACAUUUCUGAGGCAGUGGAGAAGAGAACCAACUUCCAUGAUGGUUGCCAUUUAUCUGUGUUGAACAUCCAUGAGAGUGUAGAUGCAAGCAUGCGUGAUCUCUUGAAAGAAGACAAGAAAGCCAAGUCUACAUCCAAGAAAAUACUUGUUUCAGAACGAUCUAACUCUUUGUCUGAGGUCAUGAGCCAGAUAAAACCCAUGAACAACAUGAGCAAGCAGCAGACAAGCAUGUGUGAUCUCUUGAAAGAAGACGAGAAAGACAAGUCUACAUCCAAGAAAAUACUUGUUGAAGAACGAUCUAACUCUUUGUCUGAGGUCAUGAGCCAGAUAAAACCCAUGAACAACGUGAGCAAGCAGCAGACAAGCAUGUGUGAUCUCUUGAAAGAAGACGAGAAAGGCAAGCCUACAUCCAAGAAAAUAGUUGUUGAAGAACGAUCUAACUCUUUGUCUGAGGUCAUGAGCCAGAUAAAACCCAUGAGCAAGCAGCAGACUUAUAAGUUGCCCGUGGCCCUGGAGAACCUUGGGAGGCUAGAGCUGGUGAAAGGGAGCCCUGCCCAGACAGCCAGGCAGGUACUGACACCCAUACGGAUUAAGACAGCCGACCAGAAGGAGGAUUUGGAGAGGUAUCAGAUGGAUAUUGUGGAAGAGGGCAGGAGGAUAGAGAAAACUGUGAUGGCAGGCGUCACCUUCCAUGUAGACAGUGAGUCUCAGAGGAAAAAUCUGGAAUUACUGAGGCAAGCUGCUAUCGCUGGACAGAUCUCCCCUGAACUUCACUCCAUGACCAAGGACCUGAUUACCUGUAUUCUUGGCGUAGAUGGGAUGAGACUGGCCUGCCUACUCAGCAAAUACAAAGCCUACAGAUCAGUGAACCAAAUGAGAUACAAUCUUGAUAAGCAGUUACUUGCUGCUCGGAAGCUGAAGGAUGGGCGGUCAGUUAAAGAAAUGUACUCCUUCCUGACCAAACUGGAUGUGUACCAGAAAGAGAUGUUGAAACGUUGGAGUUUGAAACAAGCUGCUAUUGAGGAAAGCCGCAAGACCUGCAUUUCUCAUAUGCUUUACCUAUUCAGUGAGAUUAGAAAAGACUGCAACUUCAAUCUAGUCCCUCCAGUACCACGCCCAGACUCCUCCCAUCACUUCCUGACCAUCAAGCCCUGCAAAACAUCAGGGUGUCAAAAACCUGACCGUUCAUGCCCACGCCCUUCAACUCAGACCCCGCCCCUGGUGAUGUCCACCUCAGAGGCCAAACUCAGGCCAGGAGUCAGGAAGCUGUUAAGGUGCCAGCAGCCAAAGUUGUGGGAUUGUAGUCUGAUUGCCAACAAUGUUCCCGUGGCCAGGAAGAUGACAUCUCCCCCCAGCAAGCUCACCUCCAUCCCCCUGCAGAUGGAGACUAACAUCAACAGCCAGGUCAACGCUGUGCACUUCCCACAGGGCAGGAUAGGUCAGAGAAUGUUGCAGCUUGCUAAGGUGUAGACACAUGAAGAGAUGCCCUGUGGAAGACAUGCAGUAUUUCUGCUUGUUACAUUACCUUCUAAUAAAUGAUAAAUCAAAUCCA